UGACCUCGCGGCAGCGUGGAAGCCUUGUGCGUGGAUCGUCAUGCACAUGUGACGAUAAGGCCAUCACCGGUGGUCGUCGCAACAAGGGCGAUGUCAUUCCCCGAGUGGCAUCGACAGGCUACUCAGUGGAAGGUCGGCCGAAGAAUGCGCUGCGCUCGUCAGUAAUGCCUACCACGCAAUGCACCGAUCACUACCUUGGAAACCUUCCUUUGGAUCUGCAAAGUCUGCAUUCCAUUCACUGAGAAGCCGUGUCACCAAAUCUAAGACGUGUCCGUAACAGAGUAUGACCAGCUUUCCGCUGUCCAAGAUGAAGAAAGCGGGCAAGAAGGUCUACGUCCGGCGCUACGAACCGAACUCGAGCAGUACUAUAUCGUCCAUCAGUGACUUCAGCUCAAGCAGUUGCAGAUGGAAAGUGGAACGAGGAGGUGAACAGACAGGCUGGUCUGGCAACGAAGAUAAACAUAUGUUCUCUCGGCAACCUCCCUCCCAAUACCGAUCUCGCAUCCUGGAACUUCGACCCAGAAGCCGAGAAAAAGGCUCGGAAGAAGAAGAAGAAGAAGAAAAAACGGGACAUAAAAAAACAGCCCGAGGGAAAUGGCGCGCCUGUCGGCUCCAGCCGGAGAGGAUUCCUCAGCGGGGAAUUCGCUGGCAUGGACACUAGUGCGCUACUGAAAACGACACCAACCGAAGUAUCAACUACGACCCAACCUAAAGUUUCGUCUCUGCAACCGCUCGUUGAGUUGCCUACCAGCGCUGAACAGUCCGGUCUCCAUGGAGUGCCGCGAGACGGAAGCUCGACCACCGACAGCGCAGUGCCUUGUAUCCACGGGCUUCUCAUCGGAGUACUAGUGCUGAGCAUCAUUGGCCUCAUCAUUGUUGCAUAUUUCAUGGCAACCAAAACAACCACAGAUGAAAAAAACGAUGGAGAAACCAUACAGAGGCUUCCAGCGCGAGCCAUUCUACGCUUGGCAACAAAACCGCAUCACCUGGUGCAUCGAAGGAAUGAAAUGAAAACCUGAACCAUCGUGUUUUUCAAUCUCCAUGUCCCAUUUUCU